CGGGCGCGACCGAGCGUGACGGGGGAGGGCGGGAGCGGAGCCCGCAGCAAGGAGCGACCCGGUUGCCGCCUCCUGCGCCUCCGCCGAGCCCGUCGGGAGGCGGCCGGGCAGCGCCGCCGCCGAGACCCCAUCUCCGUGCCCGCUCGCCCUCGCCCCGCCGAGCGCCAUGGCGGCAGCCGAGCCUGGCUGCGGCCGGUACCAGCAGCUGCAGAAUGAAGAGGAGCCAGGCGAGACUGCACCCGUGCUGAAUGAUGCCCCUCCACCUUACAGCAGCAUUUCUGCAGAGAGUACAGCUUAUUUUGACUACAAGGAUGAGUCAGGAUUUCCUAAGCCUCCAUCUUACAACGUGGCCACAACACUGCCUAGUUACGAUGAGGCAGAGAGAACCAAGGCUGAAGCCACAAUCCCCUUGGUUCCUGGAAGGGAUGAUGAAUUUGUGACCCAGGAUGACUUUGACGACACUGACCAGCUGAGGAUAGGAAAUGAUGGCAUUUUCAUGCUGACUUUCUUCAUGGCAUUCCUCUUCAACUGGAUUGGAUUUUUCCUGUCUUUCUGUCUGACUACUUCAGCUGCAGGACGAUAUGGGGCCAUUUCUGGGUUUGGUCUGUCCCUCAUUAAGUGGAUUCUUAUUGUCAGGUUCUCCACCUAUUUUCCUGGUUACUUUGAUGGCCAGUACUGGCUCUGGUGGGUCUUCCUUGUACUAGGUUUUCUGCUGUUCCUCAGAGGGUUUAUUAAUUAUGCAAAGGUUCGCAAGAUGCCAGACACCUUCUCCACUCUCCCCAGAACCAGAGUUCUCUUUAUUUACUAAAGUAUUCAAUAUCCUUCUCCGACAGAUGUUUUCUGGGAAAUGUCUUCCUGCAUUAGUGAAUUCUCCCUCAAGAAGCAACAGGACACCUGCAGGAAGUGAAUCAAGACUCUGGAGCAGAAGAAAAAAUAAUCACCUGCUUUAACGUAACUAAAUAAAAGUACUGUUCAAACAGACAAGGAGAAGCAUUUCUUUCUAUUUGUUUCUAGGUGUAAAGUUUGAAUAAUUAACGCAGAAUUCUGUAAUCAUUGACUCAUUUAGUGGCUGAUGUUUGAAAAAGCUCUUGCGGUCGAGUCUGUGACGUGCUAAUAAAGCCUUCCAUGGGUAGUUCUGUAGUGAGCUUGGUAGCAUGAGCCCUGGCCCUGGAGCCAGCAGGGGACAGACUUGCUUUAGUUCCUCCUCCAUCCUGGGAGCUGGCCUGGGCUCUGCUCUGGCCUCUGCAGCCUGUGCAGUGCUGCUGGACAGAGGAGUGGCCUCAAGAGGUGGCCUCAAAGAUGGGGUGGUGGCCUUGAGGUUGGGGUGAUGGCUCUGUUCUGGCCACACACCUUUUCCUGCUGCUUGUAUCCAGCAGCACCUCUGCUGCCGUGGCCAAAGCGGGUCUCUGGUACAGGCUCUUGAGGGCUCAUUGGCAGAGAGCGUUGCUUUGAAGGCAGCACAAGUAUUACGUUUUUGAUAGUCUAUACUCUCAAUGUUGUAGGAUACUUUACUUUCAUACUACCUACCUUUUGGAUCUCUAGGGGUUUUCACGGUACACAUUGGUAGUGGAGACACGAAAGGUGAUGAUGCAACUUUGUAUAAAAAAUGACCUUGCAAAACAAAGGCCUUUUUUCUUUCCUUUGGCUUUGGGACUUUGGAGACAAUUCCUACCCCACCUGUAAUUCUUGCUUUUCUAAUUUGUGUUAGCAGAGACUAUGAUGCGUUCUAAAUGUAGAUUUAAUGUGCACUCCUGUGCUUCCUGCCAAGCGGUAACUCACUUCGGAGUUUUACUAUGUUAAAACUGUAAAUACAGCAGAACGUUAAUAAAUGUCACUUAUGUAGCA